AUGGGACUGGAGGGAGGGAAGGAGGGAGGGAGCACUCGACCGCUGCGUUCCUGGCCACUCUCCCACAAUCCCGAACACCUCUCUCCCGUCCCCUCUCCCUCGCUCCCCCUCGCUCCUCUCCCCUCCCCUCCCCUCCGCCGUCCGUCCCUCUCCCCGCCAGCCCCACCGCCGCCGCCGCCCUCCAAAAACCCCGCUCGCCCACCGCCCGCCGCAGCCCCGCCCACUCAGGCAACCCCCUUGCGCCCCCGAUCGCAAUACGCUCCCCAUCUCCCACCGCCCGCAGUCCCGGCCUCCUAUCUAAUACACGCACUAGCGCACACACCCCACGCGCUCCCGGCCUCCUCGACGUCCCCGCCCAAGCGCCGCCCGUCGGCCUCCCAAGCACAACCGCGCUUCGGCCCUAUUGCCCCCGUCCGAACACCGCAUCCCUUCGCCUUCGCCUUCGCCUUCGCCCCUCCAAUCCACAACCCCCGUCCCUCUCCUCCAGCCCAGCGCCCCCCGCGCAAAAAAGCCGCGCGCCCUUAUAACCACCGUGUAACGCCAAUCUCGGGGCCCGACCCGAGCGCAACCCGCCCGGGCCCUUCACAUCGGCUUAAUUUUCAUUUUCGGUUUUUUGAUUCAUUCGAGCGUGGGACUCGCGCCGCCGUCCGGCACGGCGCGGCGCGGCGCGGCGCCACCUGCGCCACCCGCCCCGCCCAACAAGUACCAGUACGUGAACCGAGUUACCCGCCAGGCCGCCCGAUGGCCCCGUACCGUCACCGGCUCGCGCCGUCGCCCUCCCACAAACCGCACCCGACAACCAUCCCGACAAGCAUCCGACAAUAG